CCGGCAAGGCCAGUCCCGCCUUGCGCGCCCAUUUCGAGCCGUGGUUGUCGGCUCAGCGUUGCAGGCUGAGGUUUCUUUUCUUUUGUUAAUUAUUAUUUUUCCUUCCGCCCGGGCAGGGGCAGUGGGGCGGGAAUGGCGCAGCUGGAGGGGUACUACUUCUCGGCCGCCUUGAGCUGCACCUUCCUGGUGUCCUGUCUGCUCUUCUCCGCCUUCAGCCGCGCGCUGCGGGAGCCCUACAUGGACGAGAUCUUCCACCUGCCGCAGGCGCAGCGCUACUGCGAGGGCCACUUCUCCCUCUCGCAGUGGGACCCCAUGAUCACUACGCUACCCGGCUUGUACCUGGUGUCCGUCGGGGUGGUCAAGCCCGCCACGUGGAUCUUUGGGUGGUCGGAACACAUCGUCUGCUCCAUUGGGAUGCUCCGCUUUGUCAAUCUGCUCUUCAGCGUCGGCAACUUCUACUUACUGUACCUGCUUUUCCGCAAGGUGCAACCCAGACACAAGGCCGCCUCGAGUGUCCAGAGAAUCUUGUCCACCCUGACCUUGGCGGUGUUCCCCACACUCUACUUCUUUAACUUCCUUUAUUACACAGAAGCGGGGUCGCUGUUUUUCACGCUCUUCGCCUACCUGAUGUGCCUGUACGGCAACCACAAGACUGCGGCCGUGCUGGGCUUCUGCGGCUUCAUGUUCCGCCAGACCAACAUCGUGUGGGCCGCCUUCUGCGCCGGCACCGUGCUCGCCCAGAAGCUCUCCGAGGCCUGGAAGGCGGAGCUGCAGAAGAAGGAGGAGAGGCCCUCUGCGGGCAGGGCGCCCCUCGCGGACCUCCGCAGGGUCCUCCGGUUUCUGUGGGCGCACGCGCUGACCCCCAAGAACCUCAGCGCGCUCCUGCUGGCCACGUGGCCCUACGCCGUCUUGGGCUGUGCCUUCUGCGCCUUCGUGGCCGUCAACGGCGGCAUCGUGGUGGGCGACCGCAGCAGCCACGAGGCCGUCCUGCACCUGCCGCAGCUCUUCUACUUCUCCGCCUUCACGCUCUUCUUCUCCGCGCCGCACCUGCUGUCGCCUGGCAAGGUGAAGGCUUUCCUCGGGCUCGCGUGGAAACGCAGGAUCCAGUUCUCGGCGCUCACCCUCCUCUGCAUGCUUGUGGUUUGGAAGUUCACCUACGCCCACAAGUACUUGCUGGCGGACAACAGGCACUAUACGUUCUACGUGUGGAAGAGAGUCUUUGAGAGGCACGAACUUGUCAAGUUCCUGCUGGUUCCUGGCUAUGUGUUUGCUGGUUGGAGUAUCGCCGACUCCCUGAAAUCAAAAUCCAUUUUCUGGAAUUUAAUGUUUUUCGUGUGCGUGUUCGCGGUUACAGUUCCUCAGAAGCUGCUAGAAUUCCGAUACUUCAUUCUACCCUACAUUAUCUAUAGGCUUAACAUACCUCUGCCCCCCACAUCCAGACUCGUCUGCGAACUGGGCUGUUAUGUGGUUAUUAACUUCCUAACCUUUUAUAUCUUCCUGAACAAGACCUUCCAGUGGCCGGAUAGUCAAGACAUUCAGCGAUUCAUGUGGUAAUGUGAGGGCGUUGUGAACUCUCAUGGUUACACUGCACGCUGUUUGGACGGUGCACAACCAGACGAGUAGAAAGGAGGAGAUUUUGAAGGCGCAACCAUGAUCUUUCAGAUCACAUGCAUUUUUUUAUGAGUUAGAAGUAGGCAGACUUGAGAUCUCAUGUUGUUUUGAAAACUAAAUCAGGUGUUUGUCAUUUUCGUUAUACAGCAGUGUUCACUCGAAUAAAGUUCUUCACUUUGUCUGCCACAAGCGUGUCGCGGGAGGUGAAGGCUCCGUGCUCAGACUUUGCAGAUGUAGGCACACUCUGGGAAGCGUGGCUGGCAGGCCCGGAGAAGCCGGCACAGCGGGGGUGAGGAGUCCAUCUUGUGUCAGAAUUCUUAGAGUCCAUUUUUGCCAGAAUUUCGACCAUGUUGUGUAAAUACGAUCAACAGACUACAAGGGAGUUUUAUACAUUCAGCUUAAACUGUAAUAUUCCAAGAAGGUUAAAUAAAUGCAGAGUUCUAGACUGCUUCAAAAUGAAGCCUGUAUAAAGAAAAAAGAAAAUAUUGCUGGCUACACAAAAUGCUUGAAAAGUUUCAUUAAGUUUAAGAAAACUGUAUGUUCAUAGUGCUGCAACUAAUUUAUUUCUUUUCUUUUGAAUGAUGUAGCACAGUGAAAAAUGUUUAGAAAUGGUCAGGUCGCACACCUGGCUGAGAGCUAACGUCGGUAAAUAUGUGCUUGAUGACAAGUGAGAGUGCGUCAGGAAGUUUAUGGAAACCACUUAAAGGAUGUUGAGGUUUUUGCACCACAAUGAAUUCAUCUUAUAUUCAAUGUUUUCUUGGAUUUUUGAAGUGCUUUUGUAUAUAUUUCAAAACCAAGCUCUCAGUUUGUGUUCAGAAUUUGUGUUGAAUCUUGUCUGAUUUGUGAUUUGAGAUGUGAUGGCCAAAGAGAAUUUGUGUUGACUGCAAACUUUAAAGCACGUCUCCCUUUGAAAACGGAUCGGAGUGUAAUUUCCCAGGAUGGCGGUGAGACCAGUGUGGGGACUGGACAAUAGCUCCCAGUGCCAAAGGUGGGAACUCUGGGGCAGGCAGGCUUGAAUCCUUCCACAAGUCCGCUUUCCUUGGCUCCUGGCUCCUGGCUCCUGGCGUGCUGUUGCAUUCUUUGCUUGGCUGGCCCACAGGCCAUCGCGGUCCCUUCCUCUUCUGCCGAGGAGCGGCGUCACUGACCCUAAUUCAGGAUGACCUUAGGUGCAAGUCACAAUUGUACCUGCAAGCACUUUGCAAAUAAGGACAUGGUCACAAGCCUUUUGGGGGACACGUUUCACUCUGUAAUUCCUAAAGGACAUUUUGGAUGGACCCCCAAAGCUUUUAUGAGAUUUAUAUUCUUACCAAGAUUUUGAAAUACAAUUUUAUGGGAAGUUUUUAAAAAGUGAUGUAAAGCUGAAGGUAACCGGCGUUUUGUUCUCUUAUCUGAAAAAAAAGUGUCAGAUUGGAAGGGAGCUGGGAUAUGGUUUGUUCCCGUUUUGUGGAUGAUGGUACAACUACUGAGGCGAGGAGUAAUCUGGGUUAGUUUUGUUUUCUGUGUCUGACAGUUUGAACGCGUUCAUAGAGUUGUCAUUCCCUUCCAGUUCAGUGUCAUUGCAGCAUGUUACCCUAACAAACUCAGAACUGUGAAAUCCGUCUUGUAACCUUGUAUUAUAUUUUGGAACUUAUAAAAACUACAAAUGUGAACCAACAGUUCUUCCCUCAACAUUCGGGUUAUGCUAUUUCUGGCUUUUAAGUGAGUGGGCAUGGAAAGUAUUUUGCACUUGCCAACGUAAAGUUGCGUGCAGGUGAAAAUUACAGGUGUAAUUGGGAGGAGUCAUUGCCGAACAUGUUCUGGAAUGAGAAACCAGAUUGAAUCACUAGUUUUAACAGUUGUAGGGCAAAUAUAUUUUACUUGGACAUAAAGCAUACUUAGAGAUAUCAUGUUUUCAUCAUGAAUUUAUUAUGAUGAAGAUAUAAAUUCAGGAAGUCAGAAUUGGGAAAAAAUGUAAUUUAGUAAAAACUAUUAUCUGAUGCUAUUCAUCUAAGAAAUAUUGUUGUGUUUGGGAAUAUUUCUCAGAAAAGCUUCUGCUCUGAUCGGGCUGGCACACCGCAGCCUCCGUGUUGAAAACACGGUGUUUAGGGCGAAUUGCUGUUCCAUUUCGUUUUCAGACCUAGUCCUGCCACUGCCCGAUCCUACAGGGAGGCUGCCAGCUUAAUCCCACAGAAAGCUUGGGAUUAAAAAACAGAAAAUGUUGGCAGUUUGAGAGGUGCUAUGCGUUUUUCACUGUUUUGAAUUGAAACAGGGAUGCUGUGAGUGUGUAAUAAUGGUGUGGAUUGCAUUUCUUGGGCAGCUGGAAAACUGGCAAGUCUGCCGAGCUGUGUGGCAGCGAUGUGCAGGAGACGGACGCGGCCAGCCUGGCGAUUGGUCCCUCCUGGUGCCGUGCCCAGCAUCCUCACUGUGAGGCGAACACAGCCAGGCGCCUCUGGCUUGCGUAGCUUCCGCAUUGCUUUUGUUUCUUUUGAGCAGAUAAUUUUGUCCUGAAUUCUUAAAACUUAAGCUGCUAGGCUUGGUUGAAUUUCUUGACGGAAAGAUGGUUGUGAAAAGCGGUACAUUGACCUGCUAGGGAGUGCCUGGCGGGCAGUCGUUCCUGGAGUGGUGAGGUAGUGUUGUGAGAGGAUCAAGUGCAGAAACCGGGUUCAGUAUGAGAUGGCCGUGAACUUGUCCUGCCAGCUGCGACGUGUUGCUCAGCGUUCUCCGUGAUCGCAGUGUGACUUUUCCCACGCACUAGGUGUUUCUUCACGCUUACCUUUGCUCUUGCUACUCAGCCAUCGUGAAAACCACAUCUGAUUACACAUCCAAAUGAUUUGGACAUCCUAAUGUCAUUUUGAUAAGAGAAAUCAUUUUAGCUAGCUGGAGUUGCUUUCCUCUUAGUUAUUUGUGGGAUGCACUUGCCAUAAAAUACCUAAACAGAAAUAACAUAAUUUGUUUCUAAUAAAUAGCUUAUAGUGUGUUUCUAGUUUGAAUGAAGCCGCUACUUGCCUUGGCAUUCCUUUCUUGAGGAUGACCUAAAGACUGGAGGGAAAGGAUCCACAGGGCUUUCAUUUGUACCUCUUAAAUAGCGGGCUAUCAUGUUGGACCUAUUUUUAAAAAGGUAAUCCAUAGUCAUGUAAAGAAAUUCAUGUUCAAUAGGAUAAAAAGCGCUUACACUUGGAGCAGUUAGAAUUUCGUGAGAACAUGGAAGAGUAGUUUCUUGUCAGUGAAGCCCGGAGCAGGCCUUAGCAGCCAUGGACUUUUCAACCAAGCCUAGCAGCUUAAGUUUUAAGAAUUGUCUGUAGAAGAGCAGUGUGCAUGACACUUAGCAGUCAUGUCUGCAUUCCAGAACCAGUAAGGCGGGUGGUUGGGUCUUUGGUCCUCGCUGCCCGUGAGAAUAGUAUCUGUUCUGGUGGGGUGGGCGGUUGGCAUGGGCCGAUUUUACUUCACAAGGAAUCGUCCCCUGCCAUUUAUUCGUGCUGUGUGAAAACGCAGUGUUAUAAAUGUCUCAUCAGUGAAGUUGUCAGUACAGAAUCAAGCCAGUGUCUUGGAAGCAGUUAAAGCCAUAGAAGAUGGUAGGAAGUCCUGUUUCGUGGUGAGAGGCAUCCUAACCCUUUUUCUGACCCUGGGUUUAUUUGCUGUAGUGUUUAAUGGAUCUGUGUGUUUUUACUUGUAAAUGUGUAUUGCAGUGUCGGUGGGAUAGGACUUCAGAUUGUUGCUGUUUAUUUAAAAUAAUGAAAAUAAAUAGCCUGCAGUAGUUAACGUAGGACCUUGGAUUCUAUUUUUUAAUUAAUUUUUUUUUUUUACCAAACUGCAACAUACUGCUUUGGAAGUAACUGUUGGACGCUUUUCAGGGUACUUAAGUGUUGACGACAGAUAUUUCCAAUAUGUUAAAAUUUGUGUAGUUGAGAAUAUUACAAUCAAGAGGGGCACUUUGAGGAUUUUUUUUAAAAAAUACAUGUAUUCAUGGAUGGAGCAUUAAAUUUUUUAGGACGUGAAAUUGUUACUUCUAGGUAAGAAAUUAGUCACUGUGAGGUGAUCAAAUGUCUUCAUGUUCGGCUUUUUUUAAAAAAUAAAAACUUGUAACGUGUGUUAAUUUUAGGCCAGUCCGUCACUGUUAGGUGUGUCUCACAGGGAACACUGAGUCACGGGUGGAUGGUACCAGUCGGGUGAGGAAGGGAAAGCACGUGGCAGCAGGUGCAUCCUUCCCACGAGCUGAUUGACAGGCGUUGUCUCUUGUGACCCUUCUCGAAAUUGUGAGGAAGAUGGUUUGUCUGACUGCUGGGAUUCUGAUAAUAGACUUUAAGAAAAAAAAAAUCUGUCUUGAAUUAAUGAAAAAAGUGUCUUGCCUGUGUUUGAAACAGCUUUUCCCCUCUAAGGCCAACCAGGUCUCGCAGGAGCGAUGAGAAUUUUAACGUACUGGGCACUAGGUGGCGAUAUUGCGCUGUGUUUUAAAGUUUGGUAGUUUUUUUUUUCUUUUAAAUCUCUUUAUAAUUUUGAUUCAAAACGCAAAGAUUUGUAGUCAAUCUGUUUAUUAUUAUGUUAUUCAAAAUGUCCCCUGAAUUAUUUAGAGUUGAGGUAGCUGUGAGCUGUUCUGUCUUGUGACUGAGCCUGGGGUGUCUGCUGCUGUCACUGUCCAACACGGUGUUGGUGCUGGCCCGCAUCCUCGUUCCCCUGUCGGCCCGGGGCCAGUGCUGAUGGGGUACUCUGCACGGAGGGCGCCAGCACCGGGAUUCCUGGCAUGAGGUUGGGCUGUGUGCAUAGACAGUUGGCGUGAAAGGGGCCAGAGUUCAGCCAUGGGAUGCAUUUCUAGAGGGUUGUUUUUGUUUUUAAUUUCUGACUGGAAGAACUUUGUUUAUUUUAAAGGAUUGUGAAUAUGUGUUCCCAGAGGCUUUGGGUUUUUGUGAGCUGUUAAAACACUGUUCUCUAAAAUCGACUUCCAAGGCUACAUCGUGAAUUUGUGUUGUCAAAAACUGUGUUUUUUGAGUGAAUCUGUUCUUUAUAAGAAUAAAGGAUUUGUUUUCCUUUU